UCUACAUACUCUUACCUCGAACCAGAGUUGAGGGAUAAUACGCAAGCGCGUGGGCGGCAAGAGUUGAUAUAUCCCGAUUUACAUCCCACGCCUCACUGUGGGACGACUCUGCCCUUUGUGAUGCCGGAAGAGCCUGUUUAUGUGAAUGCGAAACAGUAUCAUGCGAUUCUGAGGCGAAGACAGCUACGAGCGAAAGCUGAAAUGGAGAACAAAGCAACGAGAGUUAGGAAGCCUUAUCUUCAUGAGUCGCGCCACCUUCACGCCCUGAGACGAGCGCGAGGAUGCGGGGGUCGAUUCAUCAACACAAAGAAGUCCAAUGGUGGUAACCAUGAGGAGGGGAGUAGCACGGGUGACUCUACUCCGGUGCCAUCACCAGAGUCCGAUUACGGAAUUGGCCAACCAGGGAAGAGGCGUGAGCAAUAUUCUCAUCACGACAGUGCAACAUUCUUCCAGUGGGCAUGCCAAUCCAAAUGAAAUAAUAUUAAGUUUUGAAUGGGGAGAAAUUUGUCCAGUAUUAUAUGCAGGUGUGUAAAUUAUUGAGUGAUUUGAUGUGAAAUUUUUGGUUGUGAUGCCAAGCUAGAGAAUAUACAGAGUUGGAUGUAUACAUGACAUAUAUAUAGCUCUCCCUUCCUUUCUAUAGAAGCUGAUG